AUGCAGUUGGGUGGCAUGCUGACAACGGCGCGUUCCUGCGUUGCCGUCUCUGCCGGCAGGUGCAUCCAGUGGCUGCAGCUCUCCACCAACCACACCAAGACCCUGGCGGUCGGCAACGACAAGUUGACCGCCCCGUCCACGGUGGCAACUGUCAACCGCAAGGCCGGCUACCUGGCCGCCAUCCGCGGCUGGCAGGACGCACCCAAGGGCGGCCUGCAGCAGCUGCAGUUUGUGUGGGGCGUCGCCGUCUGCCCCGAGCCACCAGCGCCCAAGCCCGCGCCGGUACCCCUGCCAUCUCCUGAGCCGACCCCUGAGCCGACCCCGGAGCCCGAGUCGCCUGCGCCGACUGGCGGCCCCGACGAGCCCGCCCCGUCCCCCGCCCCCGAGCCUGAGCCUCUGUGCCCCCCGGUGAAGGCCAAGUGCGACACCACCGCCCCCGAGGGCGGCAGCGCGUUCUGCCCCGCGAUCACGCCCUUCACCACCAGCCAGUGCACCGGCGGCUGCUGCGUGUCGGCGGGCAAGUGCAAGAAGCCUCUGUGCGGCUUCAACGGCCUGGGCGCGGAGGUGUUUGCCAAGGACCUGUUCUGCUGGGGCACCAACAAAGGCUUCCUGCACAACAAGUUCAACCGCUGCAAGAACCUGGCCUGCAAGCUCGCCGUGCCCGGCUGCAUCGGCGACGUGCUGAGCGGCGCGUGCGUCGGCACCGUGGCGGCGCUGUCGGACGACGUGGACGAUGGCGCCAAGCAGUGGGUGGGGUACCCCUGCCUGCAGCCCAUCCCCGCGGGCCUGCCCGUAGACGCGCUGGGCCACUGGGACAUCAACGGCGCGUACGCCAACAAGCUCUGGACCAUCUGCAACUGCAAGGCCACCAAGGCCGUCCCCGGCUACGACAGCGCGUCAUGCAAGGGCCCCCUCUGCGAGCUCUUCAAGAAGCCCGAGUUCCCCAGCCUCAACUUCGGCCUCCCCAAGUUUGACCUGCCCGACGUGGGCAAGCUGAUUGACUCCAAGCUUGACGCCCUGGGCAACAUCACCGAGCUGUUCAAGCCCAACAUCACCAUCCCCCACCUCCCCGCCCUCAACCUCAAGAGCCACCUGGACGAGCUCAAGGCCCACCUCAACGGCACCGCGGCCAGCCUCAGCGGGCCCCUGCGCGCGGCGCUGCUGGCCAAGCUGCCCACCUUCACCCUCAACCUCACCAAGCCCGAGGUGCCCACCCUCAGCCUCAACAUACCGCACCCGGACCUCAACCUGGCGGACCUCCUGCCAUCGCUGGACCUGUCCAAGCUGGGCGCCGACAAGCCCGCCGGCCUGACCGUGUUCAACGUCAGCCAGCUCGCCAGCCUGGGGGAGCUGCACACCCUCGACGGCCUGCUCAAGGCCUUCGACGUGGCCGGGCCCAAGAAGGGCGGCGCGGCCGCAAAGCCGGCCCCCUGA